AUGGCUGCAUAUUUAAAUCGCGGAAUGUCGAUGAUUGCUGGAAAUGGGUACGGUGAUUCUUUAAUGGAUCCUAAUUCGCGACGGGAACUUCAUCAUGUAAAUUCACCGUUGCAGAUCUUCGUUAAAGCUAAGAAGAAUAUUAACGAUAUCUUUGGUGAUAUUAGCGAUUAUGUUGUCGAAUCCACAAAUUUCAUUGAAGGACUCGCACAAGGUCACAUUGACAUCGUCGAUAAAGCUGAAACAGAGACAUUUAGGGGAUUUGUAUUCAAAAUUAAUAACAUUCGGGAAGUACUGGCUCGUGAUCAUAUGAAAGUUGCAUUUUUUGGACGCACUUCAAAUGGAAAAAGUUCCGUUAUCAAUGCUAUGUUAAGAGAUAAAAUUUUGCCUAGUGGAAUAGGUCAUACAACAAAUUGCUUUUGUCAGGUCGAAGGUGUUGAUGGACAUGAUGCUUAUUUGAUGCGAGAAGGAUCGGAGGAAAAACUCAAUGUUACUUCAAUUAAGCAGCUCGCAAAUGCAUUGUGUCAAGAAAAGCUCUGUGAGAGUUCCUUAGUGCGCAUUUUUUGGCCUCGCGAGAGGUGUAGUUUAUUACGCGACGAUGUUGUUUUUGUUGAUUCACCCGGUGUCGAUGUGUCACAAAAUUUGGAUGAUUGGAUUGACAAUCAUUGUUUAAAUGCUGAUGUUUUUGUUUUGGUCCUCAAUGCUGAGUCUACGAUGACUUUAGCUGAAAAAUCAUUCUUUCACGAAGUGUCCGGGAAAAUUUCGAAACCAAAUAUUUUUAUUCUAAAUAAUCGAUGGGAUGCGUCAGCUUCUGAGCCAGAAUGUCAAGAAUCUAAGGAUGCGUUAGAGAAGGUUAAAGCACAGCAUCAAGAACGUUGCAUUGAUUUUCUUACAAAAGAAUUAAAAGUAAGUACCGUAAAGGAAGCAGAAGAGAGAGUUUUCUUUGUGUCAGCAAGGGAAACAUUACAAGGAAGAUUGCAGGAAGCCAAUGGAUUGCCAGCACAUACAGGAGCAUUAGCUGAAGGCUUCCAAAGUCGCUAUUUUGAGUUUCAAGAUUUUGAAAGGAAAUUCGAAGAGUGCAUUAGUAAAAGUGCUGUUAAAACUAAAUUCGAGCAACACAGCUCUAGAGGAAAGACGAUUGCGAAUGAUAUGCGCUUAAUGCUAGACAAUAUAUUUGAGAGAGUGAAUGAUCUGAGAAAUCAAAAAUUGGAACAAAAGAAAUUCUUAACAGAUAAAAUCAGUACAACCGAGACACAAUUAAUGGUAGUCACAAGAGAAAUGAAGAUGAAAAUCCACAACAUGGUCGAGGAAGUCGAACAGAAAGUAUCGAAAGCAUUAAAUGAAGAAAUUUGGCGCUUAAAUGUUCUUGUUGAUGAAUUUAAUCUUCCAUUUCACACUGAUGCUCUUGUCUUGAAUGUCUAUAAGAAGGAAAUGAAUGCUUAUGUUGAGACUGGUCUUGGAUCAAAUUUGAGAGCCAGAUUAUCGACGGCAUUAGCCAUGAAUAUUGAGACAGCACAAAGAGAAAUGACUGAUAGAAUGACAGCCUUAGUCACCAAAGAAAAGCUCAAAGAACAAACAAGUCAGAUCAUUACAGCUAGAAAUCAGCCAUUCGAAAUGCUCUACACACUCAAUUGUCAGAAUUUGUGCAGCGAUUUUCAGGAAGAUUUAGAAUUUAGAUUCUCGUGGGGUAUUACAGCACUCAUAUAUCGAUUUAAUGCUAAACGAGCAGCUUCAAAGAAUAGCAAAACUAUCAAAAAUCGUUACAACGGAAAUUUGAAUACAUCCAAUCAUCCCAUCACACCGAGUGCAGAUCUUAAUUCACCAAUGACUUUACUGCCACAAUUUGGUAAUGAAUUUACGACAGAGGAGCAAUUAUCAUUGAUAUCAAGGAUUGCAGCAGCGUCUAUUGGAUCACAAGGAACUGUUGGAGGUCUAGUAAUUGCAGGAAUUCUCUUCAAGACAAUCGGAUGGAGAGUAUUGGUAGCUAUUGGUGGAAUCUACAUGUCAGUGUAUGCAUACGAACGUUUAUCAUGGACAAAUAAGGCAAGAGAGAGGAAGUUUAAGGAUCAAUAUGUGAAGCAUGCAACGAGAAAAUUGAAGCUUAUCGUUGACUUAACAUCAGCCAAUUGUAGCCAUCAAGUCCAACAAGAGCUUUCAAGUACAUUCGCAAGAUUGUGUCGAGUUGUUGACAAUGCUCAGAGCGAGAUGAAUGGCGAAUUGAAGGAAAUUGAAGGAUCUCUCAACGUCCUCGAAGUGAAUCAGAAGCAAAUAAAGCUGUUGAGAAAUAAAGCAACAUUUAUUACAAACAAAUUAGACACUUUUGAAAAUAAUUACAUGAAAUCUAAUUGA